CGAAUCGUUUAAAAGAACCGAUUCGUUUGGGGGAUCAUCAGACAUCACUGUAGGAUGGACCUCUGAGUCUGAACAGACCGCAGUUACCAGGGGGUCUUCAGCAGAUCUUCGGGCUCUUGACAUCAUCAUCCAACAUGGCACAAGAAGGAACGGAGGUUGUGGAAGAAACUGAACAAAUGAUAGACAAAAUGGAGCCGGAGAAUCUCAUUUCUUCCGUGGAUUCAAAAGAAAUGCGAGCUGUGGUUCUGACAGGCUUUGGUGGUAUAAACAAACUCAAAGUCACCAAGAAACCCAUGCCAGAGCCUCAGGAAGGAGAAGUCAAAAUUCGCGUGAAAGCAUGCGGCUUGAACUUUCUGGAUCUAAUGGUGCGUCAAGGAAAUAUUGAUAAUCCUCCUAAAACCCCCCUUGUGCCGGGAUUUGAGUGUUCUGGGAUUGUGGAAGCAAUGGGGGGAAACACCAAAGGGUUUGAGAUAGGUGACCGAGUUAUGGCCUUUGUGAACUACAAUGCCUGGGCUGAGGUCGUGUGCACACCAUUGGAUUUGGUGUAUAAGAUCCCAGACAACAUGACGUUCCCAGAGGCUGCUGCUUUCUCCAUGAACUUUGUGGCUGCGUACAUGAUGUUGUUUGAAGUGGCCAAUCUCAGGGAGGGAAUGUCUGUGUUAGUACACUCAGCAGGAGGUGGGGUGGGUCAAGCUGUUGCUCAGCUGUGUUCCACCGUCCCCAACGUCACUGUGUUUGGAACCGCCUCUCCCUUCAAACACGAAGCCAUAAAGCAUUCCGUGACACAUCUCUUUGACAGAAACAUUGACUAUGUUCCAGAAGUUAAAAAGAUAUCUCCAGAAGGAGUAGAUAUUGUAUUGGACUGUUUGUGUGGAGAGAAUACUGGAAAAGGUCUGGCUUUGCUCAAGCCAAUGGGAACCUACAUCCUGUAUGGUUCAUCAAACAUGGUGACAGGAGAGACCAGAAGUUUCUUCAGCUUUGCCAAAUCUUGGUGGCAAGUCGAGAAGGUGAACCCUAUCAAACUCUACGAGGAGAAUAAGGUCAUGGCUGGAUUCUCUUUCCUGAACCUUCUAUUCAAGCAGGGCGGAUGGAGGCAGGUUAAGACAGCUGUACAGAAACUUCUGUCCCUCUAUGAGCAGAAGAAGAUUAAACCUAUUGUAGAUUCCUUAUGGGCUCUUGAGGAGGUGAAGGAGGCCAUGCAGAGAAUCCAUGACAGAGGAAACAUCGGGAAGCUCAUUUUGGAUGUGGAAAAGUCUCCCACGCCUUUGAUGGCCAAUGACAGCACAGAGACCAGUGAGGCAGGUGAGGAGGAUGAAGAACAUGAGGGAGAUACGGAUAACAAGGAGAGGAUACCCUUCAUUCAGUGAAGCUGACGUCCCAACCAGAGACUAUCAUGAACCCUGUGCCGUUGUGAAAUGUGUGUGUGUCUCUUGUUUGUCUGUAUUUCAAACAGGCUGAAAACACUUACUGUGGUGUUUAUUGUUCGACUGAAGUGCCAUUCUUAGUGCAGUGUUGAAACGUUCCAGUGUUUUAGACCAAAAUGUUAUCGUUGAAUAGACUUUUUCGGAAUGUUUUUGUGGCCUCUCGGAUGCUUAUUUGGGCCUGUCAGUCAGUGAACAGAAAAACAACAGAAUUAACACUCACCAAGUGCCAAAUGCAAGGGAAAAUUGGCAAGCUCAUAAGUGGCCAGUAACUUUGUGAUAAUGCGGGAGCUGUUCGGUCGGUUUUGUUGAUGUGCUGUUGUUAGUGACGUGAGUAUAUUCAAUCGAAACGAUACCAAGUUUAUUCUUCAAGACUGAAUAAGAUACAAAAUUAGAAACAUGAUACCAAGUUUUUUCUUCAGGACAAAAUUAGUCUUUGUUUUUGUGUAAAAUAUGUUUACGUUUAUGCAUUUGGCUGACACUUUUAUACAAAACAGCUUCAUCAGAAAGUGUAUCGCCUGAACACCCAUAACCUUAGCAUUAUGCUCUACCUGGUACAGAGGCACUGUGUAGUUUUAAUGAAAACAAUGCAACAAAAAAAAACAACUCAAUACGCUCACAAUUAUCAAGUGUAGUUUUUAUUAAACUCUGGUUGUAAUGCUGGGUAAAUGUGGGUGUGAAAUAAUGUAUGACCGUAAAUGAGAGUGUUAGUGCGACAUUGUGUUUUUGACUGAAAGAUGAAAAGAAACUGGGAAAAGCUUUUUGUGGUAAUUUGAGUGAAUGCGCAGAGGAUGUGCCGUGUCUCUCCGUUUUUGCAUACCUCAAAUCAUGACUCACAAUACUUAAGCCUUUAAGAUAUUUAAAUGACUCAUAAUCAGCUUUGUCAAAGGCCCUCAAAAUGUCUUUUCUUAAAGGUCCAGUGUAAGGAAUUGUGGUUUGUGGAAUUGUGGUUUGACGUUGUUUCCAAACUCCAAAUGAGAUUUGAGAGCUACUACGGUAUUGUAGAUGAAAGACGCGGUUGUUUUUACUGUCUUUACACAUUUGUCUUUGAAAGAAAGAAAGAAAGAAAGAAAGAAAGAAAGAAAGAAAGAAAGAAAGAAAGAAAAUAAGACAGGUUUACAAUGAUAUGAAAGUUAGUAAAUAUUGAACGAUUGUUUUAGAGUCAUUCUAGCAGCACUUUGAAGUCAAGCACAUCCUUAUCCAACAACAACAACAAUGCCUUUUGUUGCAACGGUGCCUUUUGUUGCAUACAGUAUCUGCAGUGAAGAGGAGAAGAUUUGUCAAUGUUUCUUUUACUUCAUUAACAUAAGACAAUAAUUUAUAGCCAUAAUGAUUUCAAAUCCCUGUUUCAGGUCGAAAUAUACCUCCAAGAUAAAAACAAAAAAAUCAGAAUUAGCUUUUUUUGUGUGGUUCUGCAUACAUGUGGUAAUAUACUUUUGUGUUGGGUAUUGUGGUACUUGCACUAUUUUCUCCACAAAUGCGUGUGCUUUUAUCUACUCCAAACUCUGAGAUAAAUUGCAUUAUAUUACUUUUUUGUUGCUUUAGAAGAAAUAUUUGACCAUUUGAUGUUAAGCAUAAUGAAAUUCAUCUACACCCAAGAGUGAAGAAAAAAUGAUGAUUAAAAUGGACCCUUUACACAAAAAAGGCUUGUUUUACUUGUUUGUGUACUGUAACGUGCAACUUUUCAUGACUAAGUGCAUUAUAUGAAAAUCACUAUUAUGUGAAGGCAUCUUUUCACGUUUCCUUGUUUGGUCUGGCAUACAGUGUUUGACUUGUGUUUAUAAACUUGCCUUUAAGCACUAUGUCAUCUCGGAUCAAGACACUGAAGUGUAUUGUUGCCAUGUAGUUGUAUUUAGUGGAUGUGCUGUUGUGUUUUGUGGUAGAUUAGAAAAACAUGGAAUUAUAAUAAAAUGUUCUGC